AUGUGUGUAUCACAUGAUGGUAAUCACAUGUCGAAUCUAAAAUUUCAAUUUUCGUUUAUGUACUGCGAUAGUCGCUAUAAGAAAAGAAAUUCUAAAGCUAGAGAAUCCAUGAUAUCUAUAAAGUCAAUGGAUAAUAACCAACCAAGAAGGAGAAUAAGAACUCGCAAAGCUUGCGGUCCCUGUAGAGAAAAGAAGAUAAGAUGUGAUGCUCUCAGACCAUUCUGCAGUAACUGCUCAUCACAAAAUAUAGUAAAUUUAUGUCAUUAUCAAAGGGAUCCCUGGAUGGAUCAGCUUACGGAAGAAAGAUUGGUUAAAGAAAAUAUAUCAAAGAAAAUUAAAUACUUAAAUGAACAGAUAAAGAUGUUGGAGCUCGAGCUUGACCCGAGUGACUCACUGGGUAAGCAAAAUAGCAAUAAGAAAAUAGGAAAUGGAUUCGCACAAGAAGAAGAAGAAGAAGAAGAUGAUGAUGAUGAUGAUGAUGUUGCUUUAAAUCUAGAAAAAGGAUUCAGUUUUUUUAUUGUUAAGCACUCUAGAUUGAGGUAUUUUGGGCCAACAUCACAUGUGUUCUUCUUACUCAAUGAUGAGUAUGCAAGAGUUAUUUUCGAAAGAUACCUCAAUGACCAGGUACGAGCAUUUGGCCUUAAGCGCAAAUCCAAUAAUGAGCCAUCUGAUAUUAAUAUUUCAGAUGAAAGUGCAAUCAUGAUAUCAAAUUCUUCGUUGUCUCGAAAACUUGUCUUACCUCCCCUCAAAGUAAUUAGAUUAUUGAUAAACAGGUUCUUUGCUGUUUGCUAUCCUCUUUUUCCCCUUGUCGAAGAGCGUGCUUUUAAACGUGACUUAUUGGAGAUUUUGAAAGAUGUUAGACUUAAUCUUGAUGAGCUUCCACAAAGAGAUUCGAGCGCUAUCGCAAUGUUGUUAGUUAUUUUAAGAUUAGCGUAUUCGACGUUGUCGCUUGAACUGUGUAAUGAUGGCAUGGGUCUUGAUUCUGAGCUUAUUAAAGAAAUAAUUUUCAAUUAUGGCAUCUCAAGUUCUUUUAUUGAAUAUGCAGACGCCAUAGUUUUGUCGAUGAGGAAUCUUCAGAGGAUAAGUGCUCGUGAAAUACAGGCCACUAUGCUUUUACUUUGCUACAAGAUGCAUUCUCCUGAUAACGAUGAUUGUGGCACUGAGGCGGGUCUGCUUUUAGGAAUGGCGGUCCAGAUGGCCAAAUUAUGUGGGUUGGAUAGAAUGACAGAAUCAUCGAAAGAUCCGUUGAUCAUUAGUGAUGAGUAUGAGUUGAAAAAAAUACUUUGGUCUUAUUUGUUAUAUUACGAUGCGUCGAUUUCGUUUAGUUUGGGAGUACCCUUAUCUGUUUCGGAUGCAUUUUCAACUGAUUCUUCCGAUAACAUUUUUUUUACUUCUAGAAAGUCACACACUCUACUUUUGAAUGAUGAAGCUAGAGUAAGAGGAAGAGUGACGAAAAUUUUGAGGAGAGCUGUCCAAUUAACAUCUAAAUCGAGUCUCAAGCCUCUGAGAUCCUCGUUGGAAAAAAUAUAUAUUGAGUUGCAAAUGAUAAUUAAUGAAGAUUUGUUGCUUUUUGGUGACUCAAAUAUUUUCGAUGUUUCAAUCGCGGAUAAAAAUUAUCAUCGGAGAUUGAUAGGUCUUAAAUUUAAGAUAGACCUACAUUUGAAAUCAUAUGCGAUUCUCUGCAUUUUGUAUUUAACAUCAGAUAGAGAUAGGGAGAAAUCAUUACGGGACUCAUAUUUUCAAUUUGCUUUGCAAGAAUCUCUCAUAAUUUUACAUCAGGGUGUUAAGUUUGUGAAUAAUUCUCUGGAGCAAACGGCUACUCGAGAAAUCGUUGCGUCAUAUUUCGUGGAUCCUUUGUUCAAAGUGAUACCUUUUAUUAGCUCCCUUAUGUUGCAGGAAUCCAUAAUUGAAGGUUGUCUUUUUGAAUAUUUGUCUCAGAUUAAAUCGAGGGAAGUUUCAAGGUUUUUAAUGCAAGUAGGAAUCGAACUAAAUGGAUCUGAGGAUAUCAUUGACAAAUUUAACGCCUUAUUUGAAGAUCUAAGUAAGAAGAGCAGCAAGCUUGUGGUCGACUUUUUAUGUCGUCGUGGUGUUUCUUUAGUUUGGACUUGUAGGAUUGUUUUAGAUUACUUUGGAAAAAACUCUUCGGACCCAUUAUGCGAGUAUGAGAAUUCAACCGAAUAA